GAGCUCGUUCUUGAGUAGUGCAUUCUUCUCUGACUGUGACUGACGGAGCUUGUUUUCGGUGGUGCGCUCGUCUCACGUUACUCAUUAACUCUUGGUCAUCAUCUGGAAGGCCAACGCAUGGGCUUGCAUCACUGAUCCGUUGAUCUUCUCGCUGGUCUUCCUCACUUCCCCUCGUAGUUCAAUUCCGCACUUCAUAAGGGUAGGAAAGAGCGCGGUCCGAGGGGUCUUGAUCAUUGUCAGGACUUUGACGUUUUGCUCGCAAUAGAACAACGCGCCGAUUUGGCUCCCCCUAUUGUGGGUUGUCUUGCGCCACGACGCAGGAUUGUGCCGAUAAUAGAUACGAGGACUGGUUACGCAUAAAACCAUCGACAUCGAGACCCUCAUACGUCAACACAUCUUAACGUCUUUAAUUCCAUCCCUAUGCCAUCUACAACCCUCAUCACCAACGUCCGCGUUUUCGACGGACAGACCCUCACACCUCCUCAGAAUAUCCUCAUCUCCGACACUACCAUCGCAGAUCCCUCAUCUCUCUCCUCAUCCUCACCCGAUUCAACUGUCGACGGUACAGGUCUGACCCUACUUCCCGGCCUCAUCGACGCCCAUGUCCACAUCUCCGAUCACGAGGAGCUGCGCACGCUUGCCACGCACGGCGUCACCACCGCGCUUGACAUGGCUGCCUGGCCCGCGGAACGCAUCAACGCCCUCCGCAACCAGCGCGGCCUGACCGACAUCCGCACAGCGGGCGCGCCCGCGAGCACACCCAACAGCACGCACACGUGUCUGUUGCAUCUACCCGAGUGCUCUCAGCUCACUGGCGCCGACAUGGCAGAGGCGUUCGUAGAAGAUAGGAUCCGGGAGGGCAGCGACUACAUCAAGCUUAUCGCAGACGUGCCAGGGCCCUCGCAGGAGUUGCUCGACGCCCUGGUCGCGGCGUCAGAAAAACGGGGCCUGCUCACGGUCGCGCACGCUGCUAUGUCCGUGCCGUAUGCGAUGGCGCAGAAAUCUGGGGCAAGGGUAAUCACGCACGCUCCGCUUGACGCGCCCCUAUCUUCCGCGAACGCAGAGCAGAUGAAGGCAGCAGGACGUGUCGCCGUACCGACGCUCACCGCCAUGGUUGCCGUUUCAUCCAUCAAGCGCCCGCCCAUGCCUUUGCCGGGUACGGGCCCUAUCUCCGGUGGCCCGCCCACUUCUACACCACAGAUGCCUGUUGUGCCCCCGCGCAAACCGGAUUACGCCAACGCGCGCGAAAGCGUGCGUGCGUUGCGUGCCGCCGGCGUACCUAUUCUCGCUGGUACCGACGCCGUUGCGCAAAAGGCUAAUGCGCCUUUCUUCGUGCCGCACGGCGCGAGCCUGCACGAGGAGCUUGUACUCCUGUGUGAUGCGGGCCUGUCUAACGUGGAAGCGCUCCAGGCUGCGACAAUCUUGUCGGCGCGGUGGUUUGGGUUGAAGGAUAGGGGUAAGAUUGAAGUGGGCAUGCGUGCUGAUCUGGUGCUUGUGCGGGGCGAUCCAGUUCAGGACAUCAAGGUGACGAGAAAUGUUGAGGCGGUGUGGUGCAAUGGCAUCCGAGUCGAUCUGGAGAAGGAGUAGCUAAAGUACUGAAUCAAGUAGUAUCGCGCGUUAUUAGACGCGUCAUUCAUAAGUGUAAUGGCCGUGGUUAGGCCCUUUGUAUGUAUCAGUCAG